AGUGGAGAAAGAGGGAAGAGUGGAAGAGGGUGGAAAAACUCGGGCGCAUAAAAAGAAAAAAGAAAGAGAGAAAGAGAAUAUAGUUUGCGUGUGUUACUUAACAUUGCUAUAAAAAAUCUGUGAUUGUUACAUAUACACCAAGAUUAAUGCGAAAAGGAGAAAUUAGAUAACAUAAAUCGUUAUCGAAACGUCUGCCCUUACCUACGUAAUAUCUGUUCGCACGCUAAAUUAUUAAAGGACACGCGAUUUUACGGUUUAUAUUUCUACCAAUCGAAAUCAGAGAACAUCAUUCUCACACUUUACUGUUCAGUGACGAAACCGAAUAUUCAGUCGAGUUCGUUCGUUCGAUUAAUUUUUCUUACCGUUUUUCUUUAUCUAUUUUUAUCGUCAUGAAACGUAUCUUAUUGAUGGCAACGAUGCAAGAUCUAUUCGUGAUUUCACAUACGAUCGGUGGUGUAAUAUGGGACAAGAAUCUUGGAAACUUCGUACCAAUAUUCAGCGUUGGUCCUUACUCGAUCCUUCAUCGUGAAUUAUUAUUGAAACAACGAGAAAUCGAGACGCAUAAUUUUCAAGGAGAAACCAUUCAACUUACUUACUUUCAGCAAAAAAAUAUAGUAUCCUUCGAUAAAAAUAAUACCAAGAUCACAGGACUUGCCGCUGAUAUAUGGAAUAUGUUGGCCGAGUCAUUGAAUUUUACAUUAAAACCAAUACGUACGAACGAAACAUCUUCUGGUAAUCACAAGGAUGAUAUUUUUGAUGGUUUGUUGGGUAAAGUUCAAAGACACGAAACCGAUGUAAUACCAAAAAUAGAAAUAUAUUCUAGUCGGUUUGUGGCCACUACUUUUACACCUGCACUCUGGACUACUCCACAACGACUAUUCAUUCAAGUGAAAUAUACCCACGAUCAAAAUUGGAUGUUAUAUUUAUUCUCAUGGAAAGUAUGGUAUUCAAUUUUGAUGAUGUACUUAAUAUUAACCAUAUUCAGUCAUAUAUCUCAAAUAAUCUUUUGUUAUUACAUCGAAAGAAUCAAACAAAAAGCAUACUUCGCCGAUCACUUUUUCUACAAUCUCGCCAUGUUGUGCAAACAAGGUUGUAUCCCGAAAGAAUUCGAAGGAAGAUCUCGGAUCAUAGAAUUAUCGCUCGCUUUAUUCUCUAAUUUAAUUCAUAUAGCAUUUUCUGCUUUGAUAUUUACAUACAUGACGCAUAAAGUUUAUAUAAAACCUUUUGAAAAUCUCGAGUACUUGAAGAAUCAUACGAAUUAUAAAAUCGUUACUUUAAACGGAUCUAUUCCUUACCUAGCGUUUAUAAGGGGUAACCCAACUUUGAACGAACUCUUCGAAAAUAAACGAUUCGUUAUCACACAAACGGAGAGAGAGAUGUACGAAAAGGCUUGUUCCAACGAAUAUACCAUGUUUUAUGCCGAAGAUGUGUACGAUGCAAAAGGAGAAUAUAUUUGUAAAUUGAAACCCAUAGGGCAAUCAUAUUAUGAGACAUGGAUUGCAUCCGCCAUAAGUAAAAAUUUCAAAUAUAAAAGGACGAUAGAUAUUGGUAUCAUAAGAUUGCACGAGAUUGGUUUAAUAACGAAAUUGAAAAAACAAUUGGGAUCGAACUUUAUGAAGGAUACAGAAUUGCAAAAACCAAGUCCGAUCGAAAUGAAUCAAGUGUCUUUGAUAUUCGGUAUGUUAUCCGGUGCAUCCAUUCUAUCCAGCUUUAUAUUCGUUAUUGAAAAUUUAAUAUACGUUUGGCAACAUCAAAAGACACGAUUAAUUUCAAAGAAUAAAUUCCAACGAUGAUCAUCUUUGAAAAGUUCAAUAUAUUAGCUUGAGAAUAUAUUUUGUUUUCUUUUUUGCC